AUCCGGCUUCUUUACCUGCAGGAUCGUCUGGGCCUGGCACCCACUAUAUUAUUGAUCAGUAUACCUGCCUUGCCAGUGCUAAUUCUACCAAGUUUGUAAGGCUGUUGCAGUCUCAUAUUUACGGUAAUAAAUAUUUACGUCACGAAUUGAACGGAAGUGCGAUUGAAAUUGCGCACGGAUCUCCCACUUCGUACAUUGUUGCUAUUUAUCAAGGUCUACGGAUUGUUUUUGCACAUUAGCUUGGAAAUUGUAGACUAUUGACUUCAAACAGAUAAUACAAAUCUGUAAUUUGGGUUUUACAAGAUGGCCAGCUGCAGUUUUCAGUCGCAGUUGGUAUCGAUUAUGGAGGUAUUAGCUAAAGCCGCUGUAGCAGAAAUAAACAAUCGUGUAGAUGAUAGCUGUGCAGUUAUACGUUUGGAAAUGACCCAAAGCCAGCGAGAUAUUGAUGUACUGAAAAGAAAGUGUCGAAUGAUGGAGAGCGAGCUGAAGAAGACACAAGGACGAGAUAGGAGAAAAGUUCUUUACCCCAUGUCAACAGAGAGAUUGUCAUAUCCUGUCAAGAUUGUUUUGAACAAGGAAAGGAGUAGCUCACAGUGGAGAGGCAGAGAGGACUCUCCGUGCCAGCCUACUGAUGUGGAGCAGAGAGUGGAGACUGAACCCAUACUGAUCAAAGAUGAGGAGACAGCAGAGGAUGUGUGGAAGACUGACCCUCAGGAAGAGUUCAGGAUCACUGGAGAGGAGUCUGGUUCCAAGCCUGGGAAACCACCAUCCUUUGAGCAACGGCACUGUGAUGAGGACUUCAUCACACGACCCAACAUAUAUUCCGAAGACUCAGUAAAACAUUACCCAAAUUCUGAUCGUCCAGAGGAACCAGGAACACCCCGGCUCCCAUCUACAGAGGUGUUCAGCACAGAGCAGCACCGGCCAGACGAGGACUCACUAGAACUUGUGAUGGUGAAAGAUGAGAAAGAGGAGGAGCUGGAUCAGACCACAAACCUGGCAGGACCUGACCAGUUUGUCAUGGACGAGUCUGAUGGGCAGUUGUGGACCUCUGUGGAUCCAGGCAGAGACACUGACCCUGAUGGCCACCCAGAUUUCUCCUUUCAUUCCACAGAAAAGUACUCUCAGAAUAUCUCAAUUUACCCAUGUCAUAGUGGACUGUCAUCUGUUCCUACUAUGACAGAUGAUGUAGCGCCAUCACUUCACUCUUCUAUAGGAAAACCACAUGCUAACAUGUUCAGUGCAGAAAAACACAGUAAAGGACAUGUCAGAACAUUGGCUGAUGAGACUAGACAACAGAUGCCAGAGGGACAGAGCAGUGAGAUGCUGAACUCCAAUAAUGAUGGAAAUAGUUUAGCUCUACAAUCAAGGCAGCAUCAAUACAGGGCUUCAGAAGCAACAGUGAGAUUGAGUGAGUGCAUGACAGGGUCAAACAUGGCCACCACCUCCACCUUCUCUGGAUACAGCCUGAGUCGCAGUAGUUUUAACAUGGUGAAGAGAAUGAGGACUCAGUGGAGGUCGGGCGGCACCACCGAGAGGCGUUUCAGCUGCACCUUCUGUGGGAAGAGCUUCCCACGUUUCUGGCAGCUAAAAGAACACCUCCGAAGUCACACCGGAGAGAAACCGUACACCUGUGAACAGUGUGGCAGGAGUUUCACCAAGCAAUGCAACCUGAUCAGACAUGCUGUGGUCCACAGCGGAGAGAAGCCCUACAAGUGCACACAGUGUGGGAAAUGCUUCACUCAGCGCUCUGGUAUGAAGUCACAUCAGAGAACUCACAUAGGAGAGAGUCCAGUGUCUCAAUACGUGGCCCCCGCAUACCCUGGGGAUCCACACACAAGUUUAAUGUUGUCUCAGACCAGAUGGAACAAAUAGUUCAUAGUUACAUAGUUUUUCUGGAACUUUGUUUUGAGACAAUUUGACAAGCUUUUCCUCCUAAUUGAUUUGUGAAUUGGUUUUGAUGUUUGACUGUUGACGGCUCUUCACUUUUAUUUUAAACAACUAAUUUACAAUUGGUAACAAUGUAUUUUGUACUACAAAACUGUAAAAAAAAUGUUAUUUUCAAUAAAAUGUACUUCAUGAAAGAGUCAAUCUGUGCUUUUAGAUGAAUAAUAUGUAGGAGUAAUUUAGUCUGUAUUGUCUAGGUAGUGCAUGACUAUCUGGGAUGUCACGUCUUGCCACAAGGGACAGUCUCAUAUCAGGUCAGGUUAAUAACUCAAUUCAACUUGAUUUUCAGUUAAGGUUUGGAAAUUGCUCUGCUGCCUUAAAAUGUUGAGUUACUGUAUGUCAUCUCAAAAUGAGGCAAUAAAAUAUGUUUCAGUGUAA